CCGUCUGUGGGUGGGGCGGCGCUGCAUGACGCUGCGUGACGGCGGUGUGGCGGUGGAAGUUAUGUCGGGUCGCCGAGCUUUACACUUCGUAUUCAAAGUGGGAAACCGUUUUCAGACCGCGCAUUUCUUUCGAGAUGUCCUGGGGAUGAAGGUUCUACGGCAUGAAGAAUUUGAAGAAGGCUGCAAAGCUGCCUGUAAUGGGCCUUAUGAUGGGAAAUGGAGUAAAACAAUGGUGGGAUUUGGGCCUGAGGAUGAUCAUUUUGUUGCUGAGCUGACUUACAAUUAUGGCAUUGGAGACUACAAGCUGGGCAAUGACUUCAUGGGAAUCACACUUGCUUCUAGCCAGGCUGUCAGCAAUGCCAGGAAGCUGGAGUGGCCACUCAGUGAAGUUGCAGAAGGAGUUUUUGAAAUUGAGGCCCCAGGAGGAUAUAAGUUCUAUUUGCAGAAUCAGAGUCUACUUCAAUCAGAUCCUGUAUUGAAAGUAACUCUUGCAGUGUCUGAUCUUCAGAAGUCCUUGAACUACUGGUCUAAUCUACUGGGAAUGAAAAUUUAUGAACAAGAUAAAGAGAAGCAAAGGGCUUUGCUGGGCUAUGCUGAUAACCAGUGUAAGUUGGAGCUGCAGGGCAUCAAGGGUACAGUUGACCAUGCAGCAGCUUUUGGAAGAAUUGCCUUUUCUUGUCCCCACAAAGAGUUGCCAGACUUAGAAGACUUGAUGAAAAGGGAGAAACAGACGAUCCUGACUCCCCUGGUGAGUCUGGAUACCCCAGGGAAGGCCACAGUACAAGUGGUCAUUCUGGCUGACCCUGAUGGACAUGAAAUUUGCUUUGUUGGGGAUGAAGCAUUUCGAGAACUUUCGAAAAUGGAUCCAGAGGGAAGCAAAUUAUUGGAUGAUGCAAUGGCAGCAGAUAAAAGUGAUGAGUGGUUUGCUGAAAGAAAUAAACCAAAGGCUUCAGGUUAAUGGAAGACAUCAUGUGAAACAAGCAUUUAUGAUUCCUGCGUGGCACCUAUAAGACCUGAUAUGUCUCUUUUUGAUAAAUGCUCUUACAACUUCAUUGUGCCCUACCAAGGCAAGGAGACCUGGGUACUGAAGAUUUGUAUAUUUCAAUCUUUGAAAACUCUGGUAUGUUUUAGAAAUGAAAUCCAAUUAUCGUUAAUCCAGGUAGAGGGGAACUCACUAAUCUACACUUUGGAAUUGCACAUUCUGUGUAACUGUAAUAGAUCAAUAACAAAUUAUUUUCAAGACUGGAACAGCUCUAUGGUGCAGCUUUUGGUUGGGGAUGGAGAGAAUUUUGAUGAAUCAUGUAGAUUUUACUGUAGUGACUAUUCAAAUAAAUCCAGAUCAGUUGCUUAUAAUCAUCAUAAUUCCAGCAUCUGAUAAUAAUAAACUGUUCUAAUGUCCUCUCUGGCAGGUCUGACAUAUACUUUUUUUAAAA